AUGGUUUAUCGAGAGUCGUGGAGCUCGACUUAUGAGUUCGAUAGGGAGAAGAACGAAAAGAAGCGGUUGACUAAAAUUAUGUGCGGACCUCGCAGCUCGACUGGAUUUUGGGGAGAUGAGUUCGGUGACUGCCUCUACACUCAGUUUUUGAAUACUUUGAAGGCUAUACGCCAUGCACUGCCUGUCAGGAAGUGCCUAAUAGAUAAUCACGGAGAUUGUAGAGAUCUAAGUGCAUCCAAACGACGGAGUAAAACGUUUGAUGGAUUGGUGUUGAAGAGCAUAACGGUUGCGUUGGAAUUGCCCAACAGGCGUGGUGGAGGUUACCGCAUAUGGAAAGCGAACCGGCUCAUCCCCGUCCAUUUCGCCAAUCAGGCGCCAUCAAAGAGACAUCAAAGCACCGCACCGGUCGCUCGGUUCGACACGACGAACGUUAUGCAGUCCGACAGCCACUCGAUAUUCCGUGUCGAGGCCAGCAUAGCCUCCAGCGCCUUUUGGUGGGUGUCUUACAUCGUCGGUCCUCUGGAAUGGAACAACAAGACAGUGAAACAAGUCCUAUAUGGCGACAUGACACUCUAA